CUCACCAACCCAUCUUCCAGUCCAGCGCAAAAGACGUGCCUCAAGUCUUUAUUGACAGGGUAACCGGAGAGCGUUGCGCAUCAUAGGCAACAUAUAGUACGGCCGCUCCAGAAAGUAUAGUGUAUACAAUAACAUCAUGACCUGAUAAAAGGCAUUAUCGGAGAGAGGAGGAUCUUUGCAGUUAACCGAAAACAGUCCCUACUCUUCCAUCUUGCCGCUACGAUCCCUCUGGCGGCAAGAGGCCACUGUAUAUGAUCUUUAGGUCACACGUUCCUCUCUCCACGGACGUCCAGCUGUCCUUUUGACAGUUGCCCCUUUGCGUUUCGCUCAAGAAGCAUUACGACAUGCACGGGUAACACAGCGGAUUUUUGUUUAUUAUUUUUCGGGGAUUAAAAGGGGAGAGCUCCGUGGAGCUUUUCGGUGAACAGCUGGUGAGGUUGAACGGCAGCGAAGAUGCAUUGGAACCAGAGAUUGUUGUACUCGCAAGUGUACUGUGCGAGUUUCCUGAUUUGGAUUAGCCCAGGUGUGACUGUUGUGGAUGUUGCCGGGUCGCAACAGGGCAUCCCACUCUCAGUGGUGAAACUGUGGGCCUCUGCAUUUGGAGGGGAAAUAAAGUCCAUUGCUGCGAAAUAUUCAGGAUCUCAGCUGCUGCAGAAGAAAUACAAAGAGUUUGAGAGAAGAGGCCGAGUAGAAGAAAUAGACGGCGCAAAACUUGUGAAAAAAGUGGCCGAAAACAUGGAAGAGAUGUUCCGGAGAAAGGCAGAGGCUAUACGGCACAUCGUGGAGGCAGCCGAAGAGGCACAUCACCAGCACGAGGAGGUUCCAGACUUACAGUAUGAGUACUUCAACGCCGUGCUCAUCAACGAGGUGGACGAGGAGGGUAACAGUGUGGAGCUGGGUGGAGAUUUCCUCCUGGAGCCCAACGACCACUUCAACAACCUGGCCGUCAACCUCAGCCUCAGCGUGGUGCAGGUGCCCACCAACAUGUACAACAAAGAUCCAGAUAUUGUGAACGGUGUGUACUGGUCCGAGGCUCUGAAUAAAGUUUUUGUGGACAAUUUUGAGAGAGACCCCUCCCUUAUAUGGCAGUACUUUGGAAGUGCCAAGGGCUUCUUCAGACAAUACCCUGGUGUGAAAUGGUACCCAGAUGAACAUGGUGUCAUCGCAUUUGACUGCAGGAACAGGAAAUGGUAUAUCCAGGCGGCGACGUCUCCUAAGGAUGUGGUGAUCCUGGUGGACGUGAGUGGCAGUAUGAAGGGGCUGAGGCUGACCAUCGCCCGCCAGACUGUCUCCUCCAUCCUGGACACGCUGGGGGACGACGACUUCUUCAACAUCAUUGCUUAUAAUCAGGAGAUUCACUACGUGGAACCCUGCCUGAACGGAACUCUGGUCCAGGCUGACAGAACCAAUAAGGAUCAUUUCAGAGAGCACCUGGACAAGCUUUUCGCCAAAGGGAUUGGUCUUCUAGGUAAUGCGCUGACCGAGGCCUUCACCAUACUGGAGGAGUUCAACCAGACGGGGCGGGGCAGCAUAUGCAGUCAGGCCAUCAUGCUUGUCACCGACGGAGCCACGGCGAUGUACGACGACGUCUUUGAGAAAUUCAACUGGCCCGACAGAAAGGUGCGCAUCUUCCCUUACCUGAUUGGACGUGAGUCAGCUUUUGCAGAUAACAUGAAAUGGAUGGCCUGUGCCAACAAAGGAUACUUCAGUCAGAUCUCCACAUUGGCUGAUGUGCAGGAGAAUGUAAUGCGAUACCUGCAUGUGAUGAGUCGACCUAAAGUCAUUGACCAUGAGCAUGACACUGUCUGGACCGAAGCCUAUGUGGACAACACACUUACGCAGGCAUAUAAGCUCAGAGACGGCCGAGGCCUCAAUCCCGUGACCACCGUGGCCAUGCCUGUGUUCAGCACCAAGAAUGAGACCAAAAACCAAGGCAUCCUGCUGGGUGUAGCGGGGACGGAUAUCCCUCUUCAGGAGCUUAUGAAAGCUGUUCCAAAACAUAAGCUUGGUAUCCAUGGCUAUGCCUUUGCGGUCACCAAUAAUGGCUACAUUCUCAUCCACCCAGACCUGAGGCCUUUGUACCAGGAGGGCCAGAAGAGGAGGAAGCCCCACUACAGCAGUGUUGACCUGUCAGAGGUCGAGUGGGAGGACACAGAUGAUGUUUUGCGUAAUGCCAUGGUGAACAGAAAGACCGGAACAUUCUCAAUGGAAGUGAUGAGGACUGCUGAUAAAGGGAAACGUGUCCUGAAAAUGCACAAUGACUAUUAUUACACAGACAUCAAAGGGACCCCAUUUAGUGUAGGGGUGGCGCUCACCAGAGGCCAUGGGAAAUACUUCUUCAAAGGAAAUGUCUCAAUAGAUGCAGGCCUGCGUGACCUUGACCAACAGGAUGUAGCCCUGGCAGAUGAGUGGAGCUACUGCAACACAGAUGAGCACCAUGAGCAUCGCUACCUGACCCAGAUACAGGCCAUCAAACUCUACCUGACCGGCCGCAAGCCCCACCUUAAGUGUGACAGGGAGCUGAUCCAGCAGGUGCUGUUUGAUGCUGUGGUCACUGCACCCAUGGAGGCGUACUGGACUGGGCUGGCCCUGAAUAAGUCAGAGAACUCUGAUAAAGGUGUGGAGAUCGCAUUUCUGGGCACACGCACUGGCCUUUCCAGGACCAACCUCUUUGUAAACCCGGAGAAGCUGACCAAUCAAGACAUCCUGACGGCUGAGGACACAGAGGGCGUGUUUAACGCUGACCACUUCCCCCUGUGGUACAAGAGGGCAGCGGAGCAGGUGCCUGGCACCUUCAUCUACUCCAUCCCCUUCAGCUCAGUCAUGGAAAACAAAAGUGUUGUUCUGGCCAGCACCGCUAUCCAACUGCUGGAUGACCGAAAGUCACCGAUUGUAGCUGCUGUAGGGAUACAGAUGAAGCUGGACUUCUUCCAGAGAAAGUUCUGGACAGCCAGUCGACAGUGUGCAGCCCUAGAUGGAAAAUGUACAAUCAGCUGUGACAAUGAGGACAUCAAGUGCUACCUCAUAGACAACAAUGGAUUCAUUCUGGUCUCAGAGGAGUACACACAGACAGGACUGUUCUUCGGUGAAGUGGAGGGAGCUGUGAUGAAUAAGCUACUCCUUAUGGGGUCUUUUAAAAAGAUAACCCUGUAUGACUACCAGGCACUGUGUAAAGAGUAUGCAGGAAGUGGUGACAGUGCUCAUUCCCUGCUGAAUCCAUUCUCUGCAGUAAAAUGGCUCCUGACUGAAAUCAUCAUAUUUCUUUUGGAGUUUAACCUGUACAGUUGGUGGAAUGUUGAUGUCUCAGUUAAAGCUGAUCGAGGUCAGAGGGGUCGCCUCCAUAUGGUUCCCUGUGACACAGAGUACCCUGCCUUCGUUUCUGAGCGCACCAUCAAAGAGACAGCCGGAAACAUUGACUGUGAGGGCUGCAUGAGGACUUUUGUCAUUCAGCAGAUUCCCAGCAGUAACCUCUUCAUGGUUGUUGUGGACAACAAAUGUGAUUGUAGCUCCAUCCGUUUAGUUAGCAUGGAGCCUAUUGAGAUCAUGUACAACGAGUCUCUGAAGUGUGAGCGCCUCAAGUUCCAGAAGGACAGGAAAAGACCAGACUCCUGCCAUCCUUUCCAUCCUGAGGAGAACGCCAGGGAGUGUGGAGGGGCCUCUUCUCUCUCCCCCCAGCUCAUGGCUGCUCUGCUUCCUCUACUGAUCACCUUCAUCACCAGGUGACCGUCUUGGACCCCACGCUGACCAGAGCAAGCCGCCUAUCACAGUUCACCAUGCUGAUGACAAGUAUCAGAUGCCACCAAUCAAAGCAAACCAUGUUAAUAGCCAACAAUGGAGACCACCAAUCAGAGCACAUCAUGCUUAUCCAGGAGCAAAUGGUGACCACUGUCCAGAGAAAAUCUUUCUGAUUUGUAGGGAAAUAUCCCUUUAGAGCACAACAUGCAGAGAACAUACAGACAAAACAGCCAUCCAGAGAGUACAAGUCUUCUAGGAAAGACCAUUUAUUAGAAAGAC